AUGAAGCAGCCUACUCCAUCAAGCUUCAAAAAACGCUUGAUUUUGGUAGAGAAACAGAAGGCUCUCUCGAGGUCAAGAGUCAAUGGAAAAGACAGCUUGAAGGAAACACAUGCCUUAGAAAGGAAACGAGAGGCGAAUGAUGCUUUACAACCAACUCAAUUGAAGGCUAUGCCAGGGUUGGUUCCAAAGACAACCGAUAGGUUGGGUCAUUAUAGUGACUCGGCAUCUCGGUUAAAGAAGCGAGCAAGUUCUGAUAAAGACAUCACUAGUGCAAAAUAUAGCACUACAAAAUUGGAGUUCUCAAAGGGUGUAUAUAUGGUUCAUAAGGACAGCUGCAUGACUGAAGGUAAAGACAGACAAGAGGAAAUUGUGAUUGACAAUGACAAAGAAAAUGUGAAAUUUGGUGAAUAUCAUAAGGAGGGAGACACAACGAAGGCAAAACAUACUCUGGAUUCUACAUUGUUAGACAUCCAUUGCAAUUCAGGGAAGCAUCUCUUCAUAUCCAUUUGUAAUUCCAUGUCCAAGAAGAGGAAGAAACCAUUGUCUGCAGAAAAUCCUAAGGCACUCAAUGAUGAUAGUAAUGUUGGAGUACAAGUGGAUACUAUGAGUUGUAAGCAGAUGAAGAAACUCAAACAAUCCAGAGUAACAAGGAAAGAUGGAGCAGGAGAUGGCGGUGGUGAUCUUAAUCAUGUGGGUGUGGAGGAUGACACCGUUGGUUCUUUAAAGAAUGACCAUGCUAAAGUCUCAAUGGCAUCAUGCGUUGAACAACAAUGCUAUAGUUGUUCGAAGCCCAUUGACAAACCUACUUGGAGUGGCAUCUUUAAGACAUAUGAUAAGGAAUACGCAUCAUUGGAUGGACAUUUGUCGACCAAAUCAUGUGAGAAAGCAUGGAGUUUGUCCAAACAAUUGCUUAAAGUGGUUGAAGUGAAAAAGCUUUCGAGGUUCGAGGUGUGGCCUAAGGCAUGGGAGGUAUCAAAACCAAUUGCCGAUGACAUUGGUAUCUAUUUCUUUCCUCAUGAAAUGAGGCAAGACGAAGGCUUGGACCAACUAGUUAGAGAAGUCAUGCAAAAUGAUUUAGCUUUGCGAGCUAUUAUUGCAUUUCAGAGAAAACACUACCCAUGGGGAGUAUUCAAGCAUAGGGAAGACAAAGGUGCUGUGGUUGAAGAACCACUUAAUGCUAUGGGGCACUGUGAGAAGGAAAAGCAGCAAAAUCUUGUCUUAGACCAGCCUAAUCGUAAGCUACCAAGCGAAGAACCAAAUCAAGAAAUGAUUCGAAUGGCGAGCGUCAUACCUUUGGAAGGACAUAUGUUGCCUCCUAAUAAAAGUACUCAAGAAGUUGAAGCUUGCCGUCUCAAAGGACCAACCAACAAGGGCUUUGACCCUAAAGCUCCUAGUGAAGAAGGGGGACAGGCAGAAGGUACUCCUGUUGCUACUGAUGCCGCUGCAUUUCCAGCAAGCCAUGGACAGAUUAACCCUAGUAUGGGACAUACCCCAGGCAGGCUGAUGGGUUUUGUUGUCCGGAAAACUCCAAAACUUGAUCGAAUUAUCCGAGAGAUAGAACAGGAAGGUGCAUUGGUAUUUGCUAUGCAAGGGGAGAUGGUUGGUGCUGGAUCUUGGGCAGCCAGCAAGGGUACUGCCACGCAAAAGUAG